CCAGCUGAAUCAUCCCGCCCCCCCCCCAGCUCGGUCACCCCUUGCGCAUCCCAAGCCCUCCUGGCACUGGCUGGUUUCCCAGACCCCUCUGGUUCGGGGCCCAGGCUGCCCCAGGAAAGGGGUCCCAGGCAGGCGGGCUCCCCGUUCUCCAGGCCAGGUCCUGCAUGUCCAUCAGCCUCUGGGGGCAGUCUCUCUCUCUCUCUCUCUCUCCCGCUCCUGCUCAGGCCCCUCCCCACCCCCACUUUGGACUCGUGGCCCGGUUCCUGGUCUCUGUACAGUGUCUCUCUGUCCCCCUCCCCUUUGGAAAUGGAGCCUUUUUGUUAGUAACCUUCUGGCUUGUGGCUGUUUCCUGAGGAUGCUGGGAGAGGAACGAUGCGACGGAGCUCCCGCCUUGUCCCGUGUGUUCCUUGUGGCGGCUGGGCCUGGGGGGAGGGGGCCAGGAAACCCCUUACCCGCCCCUGCUGACUCAGCUCCCCUAUCUCCCCUAGCAGCCUCCCCGGCCGGCCCGUGGGGCCCCCAGGCUCUCCGGGGACCGCCGCCCCCCCCGCCGCACGUUUCCCAGGGGGCCUGGAGCUCAGAUGCUGGCUCCGUCUCGCCACGAGGCCUGGGACCCUCACUCAUUUAGCGAAUAGCCAGGAUCUAUCACUGGCCCCGCCGGGCGUCCCCUGAGCACGGGGAGCUCACUACCUGUCAGGAGCCCGUUCCCCUGGGGGAUAACCACGGUACCUUUCCCCCAACCUGAGCGGAUCCGUGCCCCCCCCAUCACUUCCCUCGCUGCUGCCCCCCGGGGCCAAGCAGAGCAAGCCCAGUCUGAAGGGCUCCCCGGCGCCCCCGGCCCAUCACUCCCCACUUCCUCAAAGGCCGAAGAAGUGCUUCUGGGUCCCGGGGCGUGAGGGCUUUCUCCCAGGGGACGGCCCCGCCAGGGCCAGCUCUGCGGUCCGGAGAAUACCCAUUUCCCAGAUGCCUCAGGGAGGCAGAGCUGCAGGCCCACGACCGCUCGGCCAGAAAGGGGGAGCCUCUGGCUCCCUCCAGCCGGUGCUGUCCCCAUGACACCCUCGAGCCCCCACCCGGUGCCCCCGGCCCGGCUGCUUCCUCCGCAAGGAAGCUCUGACUGUGCCUUACUACGGUGCUCCCUGAGCUCUUAGCUGGGGGGCCUCGGAGCGCAUCUCCCCGGACCCCCCCUUUUACAGAGGUGGAAACUGAGGCUCUGGGAGCUCAAGCUCAGGGCCACAUAGAGCAGCUCUCAGCAUCUUAGGGGAGAACUGGAAGGAACUCAACCCCCUCCCGCUCAGAGGGGGAAACUGAGGUCCAGAGAGGUCACUCUGGGUCAUAGGCUUAGAAUGGGAAGAUUUGGGGGUUUAACCUCCCGCUCAGAGGGGGAAACUGAGGUUCAGAGAGGUCACUCUGGAUCAUAGGUUUAGAAGGAGAAGAAUCCUCAGAGACUAUUUCUUCUAAUGUGGGAAACUGAGGCCCAGAGUGGGAGGUCCAGCUUUUGUAGCUUCCCCGCUAGUCUCCCGUUGAACUUGCAUUCAUUAAGACCCCCGGAUCUUUUUCGUGAAUUGGCCAGUCGUACCUCCUCCGGCCCGGGCUUCCGUUGAGUCUCAGUUUCCCACAUUCGGGUUCGUCGCUUCCUCUCCCUCCCCCCACCCCAGGCCCACGGGCUGCCCCCUCUUUCCUGUGGGCUGGUGGGUGGGGAGGGGCGGGCCCGGCCUUAUCUGGGGCUGCCUUACUGGGGCCGGCCCCGGAGGCUCAGUGGGGGAGGCCAGCCUGCCCAAGCCCCGUCAUCUUCCAUCUCUCUGCCCUGCCAGCCGAGGCCAUGGGCUCUGGGCUGCUGCUGGUGCCCCUGGCCUCGAGCCUCCUGCUGCUGGCCUGGGCGCCUCGGGUCCCGGCGUGCCCCGCGCGCUGCCGCUGCGGCGGCGGCCUGGUGGACUGCCGGAACCUGCAGCUGACGGCGGCCGGCCUGCCCAGGGCUUUCCCCGCGGGCACCACGGAGAUCUUCCUCCAGGGCAACAACCUGAGCAGCCUGCCCGCGGGGCUCUUCGACGGGCUGCCCGGCCUGCGCCUGGCGCACCUGGAAGCCAACCCGUGGCGCUGCGACUGCGAGCUGCUCUACCUGCGCGCCUGGCUCGGGGCGCAGCAGGACCGCCGGACCUACCUGGACCUGCGCUGCUCGGGGCCCCCCCAGCUCCGGGACCGGCUGCUGCUCUACCUGGGCCCCGAGGAGCUGCGCGCCUCCUGCGGGUGGGCGGGCUGCAGCCAGGCGCUGGGCGUGCAGCUCGCCCUCCUCUGCCUGCUGCUGCUGCACGCCCUGCUGCUGCUGCUGCUGCUGCGCCGCCUCUGGCGCUACCGGGCGCUGGCCAGGGAGGCCCGGCUCACGGCGCAGGAGCUGCUGCAGACCGCGCCUCUGGCGGCCCGGGACCCCUGACCCGAGGCGGCCGGACCCCCUGACCCGAGGCGGCCCGAGCCGGGCUGGUGUCUCCUCGCCCAGUGCCCCUGCCCUGCCGGUGCCGCCCGGGACCCCUCGGAUCCGAGCUGAGCAAAGCCUUGGCUUGUGCCCCUUUGACCCGGCCAAUGCCCCUGCCCGGCCCUGCUUGGGGCUAGGGCUCCCCUAAUGUAACCUGGGCUAAGGUCCAGUCCUGCCCCUUAACCCCUCAAGCCUCCCCAGGUCCCACAGACUGAUCCCUCGCAUCUGCAGGGAAAGGGGGAGACCCCCCAGCGCUGGUGUCCGUCCCCUCCAGCUGCCCACGCCAGAGUUCAGUGUUCCCACUGGCCCAUCCUCCCCCUGACUUUCACCCCCGUGGGGAAGGUGACCCAGGACUCUGUGCUCACUGCCCAAAGCCUCACCUUCGCCCCUCCCCCCUGCUUCCCCUCCCCUCCAGGGGCUCUCUCCCCUCUGCCAGCCUUCCCUCCAGCCAGGCUGGGUGGCCCCCAGGCUCGGGACCCGACAGGCACUAAUGCAUCCGGGCCCCAGGGAGGAUCCGCUGAAGGGCCGACUGAGGGGGGCGACAGCUCUGCCCAAGGAGAUGGAGUCUGGGCUCAAAGGGGCCAAAGCCCCGCCAGCAGUGGGGGCCGCCCCAGGGGAAGGGCCCGGGGGCCCUGGCUGCUUCACGAGGGGGAGUCUUCUAGCAUUUGCUGGAACCGUCCACGGGGCCCCCCCAUCAGUGAGAUUCUGGGAUGGCCACAAUUCAUUGCAGUGUAGCAUGGAGAUCCGGCCCGGGGGCCUUCUGGCGCAUGCGCUGUCCGGCCCUCCCACGUGCUUGGGGGACUCUGCCCGAACCUUUGUUCCCCAAAACCAAACUAAAUCUUUCUGCCCCGCGGGGCCAGGCGAUGCUGGGGGGCGGGGUCUCCGGACUCCAGCAGAGCAGCGGGGGUGACAGGUCAUGUUAUAUAUAGUCUCCUCAGACCCCGAGCCCAGCAGAGCGACAGUGGGGCCCAAAGCACAGAACCGAAGAAGAGCUUGGGUUCCUAAAAUGGGAGGGUGGGACUAAGGGACAUCUUGGGGCCCUUUCAGCUUUCCGAUCUGGGGCCUGUGGAAGCCCCCCCCCAUCUGUCCCACCUGGAACACAGUGGCAAGGUUGGGGGAGGGGCAGGGAAGAAAUCAAUCCCAGAAGGAGGUGUGGGCUUCAGUGGCCCCGGGGGCAGGACCGAAAAAUGGGCCCCAUCAUCUGCUCAGCUCUUUGACAGGGUCCGAUUUCCAGGUUGGAAACAAGGGUGUAUGGGGGGGGGUGAAGGGAAUGGGGGGUCAUCCAAAUAAAUCACUGAGCCCAGGA